UAUAACCUCCUCACCAAAUCAUAAGCCAGUCAUGACAAAAACACAUCCAUAUAUAUAUAAGAUAAAACACUAGCUUUUUAUUUAAGGACUACUAGUAUCCUCUACAAAAACAUAAUUCAAUUCGAACUAGAUAGAAUCCCUAUAUCUAAUACAGUUGCAUCUCGAAACCACUAACCCUGCGAAAGUGAGUGUUUCUCUAGCUUUCUUUUUAAUCAGCUCUUUCAAUCAUUCAUUUCAUUUUCUUUUUCAUAAAUCGCUCAGCUCCACCUACUUUCCAUGUCUUACUAUAUUUGCUUGACUAUGUCAUAUCCACACCCUUGAUUAAACUCUCAUUCUUUUCCUCUCUUAUGUAUAUUGUACCACCGAAUGCACUGGUCACUUCUGUAACUGAUCCAGAUCUCUAGCUACAAUCCCCAUGUACACUACUUCGCAUACAGAAAUGCCAACCUUUGCACCCUUGCCAGAGCCAGAUCUCUCCUUAAACAUAAGCCCACCCUUCACUUCAGAUUCUGACGCCAAAAAAGUGGAAAUAAGCUGCAACGGAUUAUUAACAUUAACUACAAAAACGCUUUACAACGAUAUGUGCUCAACCUCGGAUUCUGGUAGCAGUGGAAGCGAUUUAAGCCACGAAAAUGGUUUUUUCGGCCACACGGACACUGCCUACAACCUUGGCCAUCAUGAACCGACAUUGAGCUUAGGCAUCGAAACGACAAAUUCGAAUCCUUAUCCUGUCCAACAAGGAGCACUCUCGAGAAACAACUUCAGUCACUUCCACAACUACCAACCUCACAGCAAUACUCUGGAUUUCAAGCGAAAUGCUAGAGUCAUUCAUGGCGUGAAAAGAAACGCCAGAGCUCCUAGAAUGCGAUGGACUACGACCCUCCAUGCUCAUUUUGUUCAUGCGGUUCAGCUUCUUGGUGGUCAUGAAAGGGCAACUCCGAAGUCAGUGUUAGAGUUGAUGAAUGUUAAAGAUCUAACUCUAUCUCACGUGAAGAGUCACUUGCAGAUGUAUAGAACAGUGAAGAGCUCUGACAAAGGCAGCGCAGGAUAUGGGCAGACAGGUAUAGGGUUGAGCCAAAAGCCAGGAAUUGUCGAUCUGUAUGGAGUCUUAGCUUGUGAGAGAGCCAAUUUGCCACAGCCGCUGCUAAAAUCCCAAAGGGCGUCAUGGCAAUCAUCAAUAGAGACAAAUUCAAUAAAUUAUACACAGAACCCCAUAAUCAAUUCGAUGUAUUCUCAUCUCAAAGGAAACCAAACCAUGGUGGGUGGACAGCAUUAUGAAUGUCUGUCAAAUUGCAUGAAGGAGAAAUUGGAUUCUUGCUCUUUGUCACGUUCCGAUAUGACGCUUGACCUAGAAUUUACCCUUGGAAGGUCCACUAGUUGCAAACAGACCACGCUGAAUCAAGAGAAUUAACUCUUCUCAACAUAUUGUAACCCUUUUUCUUUGUCACUUAAGCACUCCUCCUACAUUAUAUGGAGGAAGAGAGCAACUAUAUAUUCGUAUGAAUGAUUUUUUAUCCAUGAUAUAUAUAUAUAUAUUUAUAUAUUUAUUAGUUUUGUCUAACUAUAAAAAGAGAUGUGAGAAGAGGAUAAAUCUUUGCUAGGAAACAUUGGCUUCUGUCCAAAGAAUUCAGAAUAUGUCUUUGAAGUCAUUUUCAGUGCAAAGAAUAGAAGAAAUUAAAUAUAAUUGCUCUUUCAGAUAAUGGACCAUAUGUUGUAAUUGUUCAGAAGAGGACCCAUG